UCCUCAUCCUCCUUCUCAAACGGGUUCUGCCUGAAAAAUAGUAAAUAUGGUGAACCAGGCACUGUAUGGAAAGGACGUGCUUAGCAGAGUGCCUGGCUGUUAGUGGGUGCUCAAAACAGAAUGCAUAUGUGAUUGGCUCAUUUAGUCCUCUAUAGGGACCAUAAUAGGUGCAAGUAUUAAAAAUGUCUCCUGUUAUAAACAAAAGGAAAUUGAGGUUCAGAGAGGUCAAGUUUUUGCCCAGGGCUACACAGCACAGAAGAGCAGAGCUGGGAUUUGAACCUGACCUCUAAUACAGGGCCAAGGAAUUGCUGAAGGGCACACCUCUAUGCUCUGUAAGCUGAAGACCACAAUUAUAAUAAAAGCCUCCUGGGACAAUGGGCCUCUAGUCCUGAGGACCUGGUGCUCCCUGUGGCCAUGACGAUGGGCGAUUGCUGCCACCUCCCUGGUUCUCUGUGUGACUGCUCCAGCAGCCCUGCCUUCUCCAAGAUUGUGGAGGCCACAGGCCUAGGGCCACCCCAGUAUGUGGCUCAGGUGACUUCAAGGGAGGGCCGCCUCCUCUCAACUGUCAUCCGGGCCUUGGACACGCCGAGCGAUGGUCCCUUCUGCCGGAUCUGCCAUGAGGGAGCAAAUGGAGAGAGCUUGCUGUCUCCCUGUGGCUGCACUGGCACACUGGGUGCUGUGCACAAGAGCUGUCUGGAGAGGUGGCUUUCCUCAUCCAACACCAGCUACUGUGAGCUGUGCCACAAGGAGUUUGCAGUGGAGAAGCGGCCCCGGCCCCUCACAGAGUGGCUGAAGGACCCAGGGCCUCGGACAGAGAAGCGGACGCUUUGCUGUGACAUGGUGUGUUUCCUGUUCAUCACGCCGCUGGCUGCCAUCUCAGGCUGGCUGUGCCUGCGCGGGGCCCAGGACCACCUCCGGCUCCACAGCCAGCUUGAGGCUGUGGGGCUCAUUGCUCUCACCAUCGCCCUCUUCACCAUCUAUGUCCUCUGGACGCUGGUCUCCUUCCGCUAUCAUUGCCAGUUAUACACUGAGUGGAGAAGGACCAACCAGAAAGUACAUCUAAAGAUCCGGGACACAGAUGGCUCCGAGGCUACCCAACACUCGCUGCUGGCAGCAGGAUUCUUGAAGAAGGUGGCAGAGGAGACACCUGUGUGAAGGCUGGGCUGGCAGGGCCAGAGGCAACUGAUGAUGCCCUGGCUUUUGGAAGAAUGGAAACUGCCUGACCCUUCCUGCAUGGCCAGAAUGCUUCUUAAGCCAAGAGACACCAAGUGGAGCUGAUUCUGUGAUCCUGUGUGAAGAUAUUUUUAUAUUGUUUUUGCACACUGUUGUACAUGAAGACAACAGAUGGAAGUGGUCCUGAGUUUCACAUGGAGCGGGCACCCUGAUCUCAUUUUGAGGUCCACUCAGCCCCUCGUGGGCCAGCAGCUGUGGCCAUAGGCUAGUUGAGGACGCCCAUGGGGCUGGGAGUUCUGCAAGUUUCUUGUGCUUCUCUGCACCUGGCAGGCUCACAUUCCUGGCACCUUCAACUUUACAAAGUUGCACUGAGUUUCAAAAACCCACCCUGAAUAAAUAAAAGGAGCCUUUGCUGGAUAAAAUUGACUUGUCAAGUA